GACAGGCCCAGGCAAGAUGGCGGCCGCGGGGGUGUUGUGUGUGGUCGCGGGCGCGCUGCUGGGACUCUGCGCGGCGAGGAGACACGGCCCCCUGCACCCCGCCCACCCGGGGGUCACCAGGAGCUCCGACGACGAAGUGGAGAGGCUGGUGUCCCAGUGGAGCCCCGCGGACCCGGUGAGCGCCUGGGAGCUGAGCGGCCUCUUCGAGGGGGACAUCAUGCUGGACGGCGACGGAGACCCCAGGAACGCGCUGCAGGACGAGGCGGUGCACUGGCUCAACGGCGUGGUGCCCUACGUCAUCGACAAGGAGCACUUCACCAAAGACCAGCUGGACGUGAUACACGAGGCCAUGAAGGAGUUCCACCAGAAGACGUGCCUCCGGUUCAGGCCGCACAAGAAGGCGGACGAGGACUACGUGAUGUUCCGCGGCAACCGCUCCGGCUGCUGGUCGUACGUGGGCAAGAGGGGCGGCGGCCAGGUCAUCAACCUGCAGACCAAGGGCUGCGUGCACCACGGCAUCGUGGUCCACGAGAUGCUGCACGCCCUGGGCUUCUACCACCAGCAGAGCGCACCCGAGAGGGACGACUUCGUCACCAUCAACUGGCAGAACAUCAAGACUGGCAAAGAGCACAACUUCCAGAAGCACAACGCCAGCAGGGUCACCAACUACGGCAUCUUGUACGACUAUGGGAGCGUCAUGCACUACAGCGCGCAUGCCUUCUCCAAGAACGGAGAACCGACCAUCACCCCUCUGGACAAGGAGGCGGAGAUCGGACAGCGGGACGGACUCAGCGAGAAGGAUGUGGCCAAGCUGCACUACAUGUACAACUGCAUGGACGACGACUCCGAGGAGAUGUACUGGGAGCUGCCCGAGGACCGUCUGCCCCCCAGCUCCAUCUAAGUCAAUAAAAAAAUAAAAAUAUUUGGAUUGAA